GGUCCAGGGGAUGGUCGGCCUGGUGACGGGCGGUGCGUCCGGUCUGGGUCGAGCCACCGUGGAGCGUCUGGUGCAGAGCGGAGCGUCCGCUGUGGUCCUGGACCUGCCGUCCUCUGAUGGACAUGCUCUGGCCUCCAGUCUGGGAGAUCGAUGUGUCUUCGCUCCUGCAGACGUGACGUCGGAGGCGGACGUGCAGGCGGCCGUGUCUCUGGCCAGAGAGAAGUUUGGGAAACUGGAUUUGGCCGUUAACUGCGCCGGCAUCGCUGUGGCUGUGAAGACGUACAACUUUAAAAAGCAGUGUCCUCACAGCCUGGAAGAUUUCCAGCGCGUCAUCAACGUUAAUAUCGCAGGAACCUUUAAUGUGAUCCGUUUGGCCGUCGGUGAGAUGGGAAAGAACGAGCCGGACGCUGACGGACACCGAGGCUGCAUCAUCAACACGGCCAGCGUGGCAGCGUUUGAUGGACAGGUCGGACAAGCUGCGUAUUCAGCGUCUAAAGGAGGAAUCGUCGGGAUGACGCUGCCGAUCGCACGAGACCUGGCACCGAUGGGCAUCAGAGUCAUAACCAUCGCACCUGGUCUGUUUUCGACGCCCCUCCUCGCCGGUCUUCCAGAGAAGGUGCGCUCGUUUCUCGCCCGUCAGGUGCCCUUCCCCUCGCGCCUGGGAGACCCCGCUGAGUUUGCCCACCUGGUGACAUCACUGGCUGAGAACCCGAUGAUUAACGGCGAGGUCAUCAGACUGGACGGAGCCAUUCGCAUGCAGCCUUGAGAGCGUGUGUGUGUGUGUGUGUGAGUGUGUGAGAGUGUGUGUGUGGUGGGGGGGUGGGUGUGUGCAGUACUUUGUGUAGUUUUCUAAUGUUAUUGGAAUUAAACUGAUUUGUUUCAUUUAUUCUGAAAA